AUGCAACAAGCUUUUCUAGAUGAAUACUAUUCUAUGGCAAAGACCGAUGAUGCUCGUGAUGAAAUUAGGUCUUUUCGCCAAUUAUCGGGCGAACCGUUGCAUGAAGCCUUCACGAGAUUUAGGGAGUUGAUGCGAAAGUGCCCACAUCACCAAAUAGAAAAGUGGGAAUUGGUGAAAUGCUUUGUACGUGGUUUGGAUGACACGACAUGGAAUCGUCUCGAGUCAACUAGUAAUGGAACCUUAUUCAGCAAUCAUGAGGAUGAAGAUUGGGAGUUCCUUGAAAGGAUGAGUAAGAGGUCAAAAGCGAAAGAGUCGGCUGAUCGGGCCAAAAAGCACCCCACCUCAAGGUCUUGGCCCGACUGUGAUUCGAGUUCUAAGGAUCGAAUUGAAACAUUAGAGCGGGAGUUGGCUCGCAUGAAGAAAAGGGAAGUGAAUGCGAUGCAAUACGCCGUAUGUGAAGAAUGCGGAGACAUCCGUCAUCGGACCGAGAAUUGUCAAGCCACCGUAGAGGUAAAUCAAGUGUAUGGGGACCGAAGGCAAUAUGAUAUGAACUCCAACACUUACCACCCCGGGUUGAGGAACCAUCCUAACUUUAGGUAUGGUAAUGCCUCCAACCAAAUGAACCCGAAUUUCCAAUCGGGAAAUCAAGGUGGGUAUUCGCAUCAAAAUUGCCAAAGAGGUUACAAUCAAGAUGGUCACGGGUCGAUGAAUAAUCAAGGAGGUGGUGGUGAUUUGAGUGCCAAAAUGGAUGCAAUGCUUUCAAUGAUGCAAGAGUCCAAGAAAGAGAAUGAGAUUCGGGACAAAUCACAUGAAGCAUUGGCAAAGCAAGUAGGCCAACUCGCGGAGGAAGUGGCUCAAAUGAGAGGAAACAUUGGAAAGCUUCCAAGUGACACUACGAUGAACCCAAAGCAUCAAAGUUCAAGCACAGGCAAUGUGAGGAAUGUGCACAUCAGCGCGGUAAGUCUUCUUUCAAAUGAUGAGGUUUGUAGUAGUGUUGAAAACAUUCCACCACCACAAUGCGUUGAUGGUAUAGUGGAAAAUACAAGUGAUGAGUCGGAAAGUAAAAAUGAACAACAAACGAUUUCACAAAAUAAAACUGAAAACAUGAAUAAAAAUUCUUUUUGUGAAAUUUGUUUAAAUCAAAUUAACCCGAUUAAUGCAUCAAAGCUUAAAGAUCGGUGCCCCCCAAAGGAUGAGAGGUGGGAAAUCUUUAAACAAGCAAAAAUUAAUUUGUCGUUGCUUGAUGACAUUAAAAAAGUUCCGGCUCAUGUGGAAUGUUUGAAAGAGUUGAGCAUUGAAAAACGGCACAACAAAUUACCCAAAUCGGUUGAUUUGAUUUCUCAUGUUAGUGCCGUUUUAUCAAGUGCGCUCCCCCAAAAAGCUCAAGAUCCGGGAGAUCCUCUUAUUCCAAUUCAAAUUGGAACAUUUAAAAUUGAGAGGGCGCUCCUAGAUCUUGGAGCUUGUGUGAGCAUCUUGCCCGGGAGUUUGUAUGACCAAUAUGAUUUUGGUCUAUUAAAAAAAUUUGAUACUCCCGUGGUAUUGGCCGAUCAGACUCCCACGCAUCCAAGGGGGAUGGUUGAGGAUGUGAUUGUUAAGGUAGAUGAUUACUACUACCCAGUUGACUUUUUAGUAGUAGACUAUGUUGGGUGUGUUGAGGACACCCAACCGGUAGUCAUACUGGGUAGACCGUUCCUGGCAACUGCUAACGCCAUAAUAAAUUGUGCAACGGGAACGGUAAGCAUGAAGUUUGGGGACCGAAAAUUAAAUUUAAAUGUUUUUCCAAGUUUUACUAACCCACUCGGUGAGGGUAAGUGUCCUAAAAAGGACAUGAAUCCAAACAAAAAGGUAUGUGCUAUGGUUGGUAGGUUUGGAGAAACAAAGAAGAAGACGGUCAAGAAGAAGAAGGAAAAUAAGUCGCCUCAAGAAAAGAAGAAGGAAGAGGAGGUGAUGAAGUUUGGACCGUUUGGCAACAAAUGGUAUGAAUCACCGGUGGGUGAUUUUGAGGAGUUUGUGGGCGGCCAGCACGCCAUUCGACCACCAUGA